UCAGGGCGAUGUAUAUGCGGGUGAUAAAGGACCCGUGAACAACACCUUUCGUUGCAUUUGCUGGACCCCAAUCGGUUCUGCUGCAGCGUCCAACGUAGGGUCCGGGUGCCGUCCAUCUUAGUGACACAAUGUCCCUAUACAAAAUACGUGUCGCCGACUUGGACAACAUCUUGGACCACGACGAAAUUGAUCUGAGUGCACUGCGGAACUUUUGCUUUAAUGGUAUUCCGGACUGCAAUGGCUACCGGGCGCUCUGCUGGAAGUUGCUGCUGGGCUACAUCGGUCCGCGGAAGGCAUCGUGGCCAACGAAGCUAGCGAAGCAGCGUGAAUUGUACAGACAAUUUUUAAAGGAAAUGGUAAUAUCGCCGGGCGAGCAGGAUGGCCCGGAGUGUAUCGAUCAUCCGCUGAGCGAUGGGCCGGAAAGUAACUGGAGCACGUUUUUCAAAGACAACGAAGUGCUGCUACAGAUCGACAAGGACGUGCGGCGGCUCUGCCCGGACAUUUCUUUCUUUCAGCAGGCGACUGAAUUCCCCUGCGACUUGGUGCAAGAGCGGGAGCGUAAGCUGCACGUUCGCGUUGCACCGACCACACUCAGUUCGGCCAACGUGGAACGGAAAGGCGUUGGUAUGACCAAGAUUAAUCUCAUCACCAAGCGUGCGACGGAGAGCUACGAAGCGAUGGAUGAUGGCCAGGAAGCGCACUGGGAGGUGGUCGAGCGGAUACUGUUCCUCUACGCCAAGCUUAACCCCGGCCAGGGUUACGUGCAGGGAAUGAACGAAAUCAUCGGUCCCAUCUACUACGUGUUCGCGUCCGAUCCGACCCCCGAGUACCGCCGGUACGCCGAGGCGGACUGUUUCUUCUGCUUCACAGCGCUGAUGGGCGAAAUACGCGAUUUUUUCAUCAAAACGCUCGACGAGUCCGAGGGCGGCAUCAAGGGAAUGAUGGCGAAGCUGUCGAAUUUGUUGCACGAGCAGGACGCCGCCAUUUGGCAGCGGUUGCGCGAGCAAGAGCUCUACCCGCAGUACUACAGCUUUCGCUGGCUCACGCUGCUGCUGUCGCAGGAGUUCCCACUGCCGGACGUGCUGCGCAUCUGGGACUCGGUGUUUGCCGACGACAGGCGGUACGAUUUUCUCAUCAAAAUCUGCUGCUCGAUGAUACUCCUACUGCGGGAACAAAUCCUGGAGAACGAUUUCGCCAAUAACGUUAAGCUGCUGCAAAACUUUCCACUCAUGGACAUCAAUCUCGUGCUGCGAAAAGCGACCAGCCUCGACUAACGCGUGGUUUCAACUUCGUACAAUGGACACAAUUUUUUGAUAAAUUAUUUUUUUUCAUACGCAAAUAGCAAUAAACGGAAAGCACACCGUACACAACGAAGAUGCGUGU